UUGUUAAAAUGGAUUAUUUGUUGUGUGCAGAGGAAUACUUUAUCCCUGUCAGCUGCUUCCUUCUCUUUAAUAUAAUGGACUGGGGAGGUCGGAGUCUCACUGCUUUCUGGUCCUGGCCCCGCCAGGAGAAUGUGUUGCUAUUGAUGGUGCUGCUGCGAAUUUCCUUCAUCCCAAUCUUCAUGCUGUGUAACAUUAAGGAUCGUUACUUCCUCCCCAUCCUGUUCACCCACGACGCCUGGUUCAUCGCCUUCAUGUUCCUGUUCGCUUUCUCCAACGGUUACCUGGUCACUCUCUGUAUGUGCUACGCCCCCAAGAAGGUCUCUCCGAGGGAUGCAGAAACAGCUGGGGCAGUGAUGGCAUUUUUCUUGGCUCUUGGCCUGGCGCUGGGAGCAGCACUCUCCUUUCCCAUUCGCCUCAUGUUAUGAAGUGACUGGCACCAGGACCUACACAGACGUCCCCUGGAGAUUCCUGCCUCCUUCCCUUCACCUGGUGCCAGGGUGAAGAAUUGGCACCUUACUGGGACUGACUGGAAUAGAAACCGGGAACCGGUCUGUUCACACACUGGACAAGCCUCCCUCUCUAACAGUCUCUUCUUUCGCUCUGAUCUUUACAUUUGUAUACAAUAGCUGUGCGCUGCCCCUGCUGUUCAAUGCAAAUCGAUCCCUAUAUCUACGCCACACUGACUGCCUCCUCUCAUCACUGGGACUGACCACUCCACCUCUCUCUUUCCCAAUCCCUGCCCCCCCCCCCCAGCAACAACUAGUUUCUGACCAAUCCCUCCCUCUCCUCCAGGAUCACCUGGUUUCUGACCCAUUUCCCCUUCUCCUGGACCAGGAUUCCACCAAUUUCUGUCCAAUCUCCCCAUCAUGGACUGAAUCUUGCAACAGCAUCGGAAAUAUUUAAACCCGAAAAACCAAAUGAGACUUGGGGUGUGUCAGUUUCUUGUUUAUUCCUGUACGUAUACCCAUUCACGAUGGUGUACACUACUGCAUUUGUUAACAUUAUUUUAUAUAAGUAUCUUUUUUUAAAAUAAAAGUAUUGAACGUUUGCACACUUUAAAACAAA